AUUCAUACUCCUCCGCCUUCCCGUAUACCAACUCCGCGUUCUUUUUCUCCGCUUCUCGGUUUCUCCGGCGGAAGGACACUUCACCGUGCGGGAACUACUUUGUGCGGCCCGCCGCCAUCUUGAAUGUUAAUGUUUCCUCCGAAAAAUAUAUUUAUAUAAAUAUAAGCCUCCCGUGCCGCACAUUAACCCUUUCCCGUCAUUAUUAACCCUUUAUAGCCGCGCUCACUUGUUCCUGCUCUGUAUUAUAUAUAUCAGUAUAUAGCGACAUUAUUGUUAUUUACCAGUAAACUAAUUACCGUGUAAUUACAGGGAGCUGCCCUCACUGAGGCACCAAUAACUCGCGGAGCCGACGACCACCGACACAAGGUGCAGCCAGACUUGUCGACCCGUUUCUCAGGGCCUCUUCAGAGGGUGACUAAAUGCAACUAGGUCAGGUCUUAUGUUGGCAUGAAGUGGUUGGGCGAAUCCAAAACCAUGGUAGUGAAUGGGAGGAGACAUGGGAGCAGGUUGUCUUCUGAGCACCAGCAGAACACACAGCAAGUCGCACAGCUCUGGGAGAGAGAGAACCUCAGAGGCAGCAAAAAUGGCCCCGAUCGUCGAUCCAGCAGAUGUAGUCCAUCUGCAUUUGAAACGCCAACUCGCUACGUGCCAUCAUCAGGAAUGACGGCUAAGGAGCUGUGUGAAAAUGAUGACCUGGCGACAAGUCUGGUGCUGGAUCCCUAUUUGGGAUUUCAGACGCACAAAAUGAAACACCAGUUCUCGUGCAGGUUUCGACCAAUCAAAGGGCGGCAGGAGGAGCUGAAAGAGGUGAUUGAGAACUUCAAGAAGAAGGAGCACUUAGAGAAAACCUUUAAAAACCCUGACAGCGCGAGCUGGGCGCGACACUACUUCCUCAACAAGAACAAGAUGCAGGAGAAGUUGUUUAAAGAGCAUGUGUUUAUCUACUUGCGAAUGUUUGCAACUGAUAGUGGCUUUGAGAUCUUGCCAUGCAAUCGAUAUUCAUCUGAGCAAAAUGGAGCCAAGAUAGUUGCUACAAAAGAGUGGAAACGUAACGAUAAGAUCGAGCUGCUCGUGGGCUGCAUUGCAGAACUUUCUGAAGCUGAAGAGAACAUGCUCCUUCGCCAUGGAGAGAAUGACUUCAGUGUUAUGUUUUCCACAAGGAAGAACUGUGCACAGCUGUGGCUUGGCCCUGCUGCCUUCAUCAACCAUGACUGCAGACCUAAUUGCAAGUUCGUAUCGACUGGCCGUGACACUGCUUGUGUAAAAGCCCUGAGGGACAUUGAGCCAGGGGAGGAGAUUUCAUGUUAUUACGGGGACGGCUUUUUUGGGGAAAACAAUGAAUUUUGUGAAUGUUACACGUGUGAGAGGCGUGGAACUGGUGCUUUCAAAUCACGUAAUGGACUUCACGAACCAGGGCCUGUGAUCAACAGCAAAUACGGACUUCGAGAAACUGACAAACGGUUAAACCGACUCAAAAAACUUGGAGAUGGCAGCAAAAACUCAGACAGUCAGUCUGUCAGCUCCAAUACGGAUGCCGACACAUCUCAGGAACAAUCCACCACAUCAACAAACCGGAAACCUUCCGGCGUGAAGAAGAAUGGUAAAAGCAGGACAUUUACGAGACAGGCUUCUAUGUCACGAAUUUCCGUCUCAUCCAGUUCUACCUCAUCCAGACACACUCAUUUAAAUAAUUUCAGGGUACCAAAGAGAUUGAGAAAGCCUGCAAAGCCUUUAAACUCGAAAAUAAAGUUGAAAAGUCCAUGCAGGAGGUCAGAGCAAAGGAACACUUCUAAAAAGUUAGAAGUAGGGAACCUUAUGCUUAAAGAACCAAAAGUUGUACUGUAUAAAAAUCUGGCCAUAAAAAGGGAUAAAGAAGCAGAGGGACCAGAGAGAGUAGUGGAAUCUAGCGGUUGUCUAACAAGACAUGCGGCUAGAGAGUAUAAACUGAACUCUUUGAGAGGCUCUCAUGUCCAAGGUGAGUGCACAUAUAUUACACGGAGUUCUCUGAGAACACGGAUUAAUUCGAGUGAGACACCUGAUGCCAAGCUUCAACCAAAUAUAUUAGAUGGUUACAAAAGCAGCUGUGGGACUGGUGUUUACACAGAUAGAACUGGGCUGGCAAAUCAGCCAAUUCAGAAAAAUGAACUUUCCCCAGAAACUACAAAAAGACAAGAGAGCAAGUAUCAGAAGAAUGGCUUGUGUACAUCUAGACGGAAGUCUAGGAAAGCUAAGCAUAUGAAACGGGCUUUAGAAGUGGAAGGAUCAAAUUCUGUCUUUGAAUCUUCUGUUCAAGCUGACGCUGUGCCAGACUUAGUAAGUUCUCAUUGUGAAGUAAGUGAAGGAAAUACCUUUAUGAACAAUCCAAUUGACUACAAGGACUUUAAAACUUCUUCGGAAGUUUGCCCUGUGAUGAGUUCUGAAAGUAAAAAACCCAAGGAAACAUUUAGAACUGUCAAAAAUAAAAAAAGCAGACGUAUCACUAGAUAUGACGCACAAUUAAUUCUUGAAAACAGCACUGGAAUUCCUAAGCUGACUCUCCGUCGACGUCAUGACAGCAACAGCAGCAAGACCAAUGAGAAGGAGAAUGACGGAAUGAGUUCCUCAAAAAUAAGCAUUAAAUUGAGCAAAGAUCAUGAGAAGGAGAGGAACAGUUUGUAUGUAGCAAAACUCAACAAUGGCUUUAAUUCAGGAUCAGGAAGCAGCUCAACAAAACUGAAAAUCCAGCUUAAGAGAGAUGAAGAGAGCAGGAUCCCUUUUAGUGAGGAGUUGCAUGAAAACGGAGUAUAUUGCAGCGACACUUUAUCUUUGCUAGAAACGAGGAUGGAGGUGGAUGAUUAUGGUCACUGUGAGGAAGAAAGCGUCCAAGAAUCUUCAUCAGAAGAAGAGGAGGAGGAAGAGGAAGAUGAAUAUGAGGAUGACUUUGAAGAUGAUUUCAUUCCACUCCCACCAGCUAAACGCUUGAGGCUUAUUGUUGGAAAAGACUCAAUAGACAUUGACAUAUCUUCCAGGCGGAGGGAAGAUCAGUCUUUAAGGCUUAAUGCGUAAGACGCCCAUUUUUAGAUUCGACUGGACCCUUGUUUCUAUUCAUUGUUUGAGAGAAAUUAUUCCACUGAAUUAUUCCUAAACUGAAGAAGUUUGUGUAAAUUUUAGAGAAGGCACUUCUGAACCGUUAGUUCACACAUAAAUGAAAUUGUAGAAAGUGUACAGCAUACUGACUCUUACAGUUUUGAUUUUUAUUGUACUUUUUAACAGUCUUAUGUGCAAUUUUGAGUUAGGUUUAAGAGAGACAUUUGCAUCUUGUAUAUUAAGGGGAGGGUGUAUAUAAACAGUCAGCUUUCCAUGCUGGACAAUAAAAUCUUAUAAUGUGGCUACUCAGUCAAACUUUUUAACUCAUGAGACCUCUACAGUAUCAUAAUUGUUUUAUCAAAAAUCACAGUAGUAACAUUGUUUUGUAAUAUGUUAUCACCAGCAAUGAAUUUACAGCUUUCAAAUUUA